CACCACCUGCAAUCAGCCCCAGUCUCUGGUCAUCUCCUGUACUAUGUCCGCAGUCUCUGGUCAUCUCCUGUACUAUGUCCGCAGUCUCUGGUCAUCUCCUUUACUGUGUCCGCAGUCUCUGGUCAUCUCCUGUACUGUGUCCGCAGUCUCUGGUCAUCUCCUGUACUGUGUCCGCAGUCUCUGGUCAUCUCCUGUACUGUGUCCGCAGUCCCUGGUCAUCCCCUGUACUGUGUCGCAGUCUCUGGUCAUCUCCUGUACUAUGUCCACAGUCUCUGAUCAUCGCCUGUACUAUGUCCGCAGUCUCUGGUCAUCUCCUGUACUGUGUCCGCAG